UUUGUUCGAAUUGAAGAGCAGAGCAACAUAGUCGUCGGUCAAUAUUCUGUUCCAUUAAAAUUAAGCAAAACGUUAAAAUUCGUAUGUCUGUGAACAAUAUAAAGUGUCUUUUAAAGUAUUAAGCAAUAGAAAUUAAGCAUAAGCUAUAAAAUGUCUGUGAAGAGCGUCAACUCCAUCCAGGUAUGCAUCAAGUUGCGUCCCAGCAGUUCCUCCUGUUGGUUGGUGAAGGAGGGGAGCACGAUCCAGCUGGCGGACAACCACGCGGAGCCCAUGGUCUUUGACUGUAUCUUCGAUGAGGGCGCCGGCAACCAAAAGGUGUUUGACCAAAUGGCCCAGCACAUUGUCCGCGCCUGCAUGCAGGGCUUCAACGGAACUAUUUUUGCCUACGGCCAGUCGUCGUCAGGGAAAACCUACACCAUGUUGGGCGAUGGCCAGAACCCCGGCGUAAUGGUGCUGGCCGCCAAGGAGAUUUUCCAGCAGAUAGCCAACGAGACGGAGCGCAUUUUUCUGCUACGCGCGAGCUACAUUGAGAUUUUCAAUGAAAAGAUCAACGACCUGCUCAACAAAAAGAACCAAGACCUCAAGAUCCACGAGGCAGGCAACGGGAUCGUGACGGUUAACUCUGAGGAGUGCGUCAUAACCAGCGAGGACGACCUCAUGCGCCUUUUCUGCCCUGUUCAGAAGGAGCGCACCGUGGGCGAGGCCCGGACACCUGAGCGCUCCUGCCAUUCACACGCCAUCCUUCGGAUAAUCAUCGAGUCGUGGGAAAAGGAUCGCAAGCAGGCUAUCCACCAGAGCAUACUGAAUCUGGUGGACCUGGCUGGUUCCGAGCGUCUGAGUGGGGACUCCCCGGUUGGAUCUCGAAAUGGCGUUCACAUCAACAAGAGCCUGAUGUUCCUCAGCAACGUAGUCAAGCACUUGUCCGACAAUAAAGCGGACAACAAGUAUAUAAGUUUCCGCGACUGCAAGCUGACUCGCUUUCUCCAGGCAUCGCUGUGCGGCAAUGCCUUUACCUCCGUCAUCUGCACUAUCAGACCUUCUAUCGUAGAGGAGACUCAAUCCACGCUAAACUUCGCCAUGCGCGCCAGGAAGAUCCGCAUCAAGCCGAAGGUCACUAAGAUGGAGCGCGGUACCUCGAUGAUGGAGCGGGUGGAUCGCAAGAUCGAAGAGCUCCAGAGUCAGAUCGCCGAAGAAAAGCGAAAGAAGGAUAAUCAGCCUAAGGUGCAGAUCCUUGAAAGUCAACUCAAGGCCGAAAAGCUUAAGAUCAUCACAGGUCAUCUGCGGGCGUGGCGAUGUAGCUCGUCUCCCGAAAUUUCAAAAGCCGAUAUUUCAAAAGUCGACAUUCCAGAAACCACAGCCCCACUCACUCGCCCGUCAUUGACGUCGAAAUUGCCAAAGCCAAGAUAUAUCGAAGUGCCAAAGUGCGAUGCCCUGCAGGCGGAGGUCCUUGCUCUUACUGCAUCUAAUCAGACGGCGAAUGAAAAGAUCAAGGCAUAUGAGGAGGAGGUGAAGAUGCUGAAGCAGGAAAUCGUGAGGCUAGAGAUGGAGAACGGUAAGCUCGUAAACUUGAAGCAGCAGUUGGAUUCCCACAAGGCUCAAGCGAAGGAGCUAGAGAGCCACCUGCUUACCACCAUCAACGAGAGGGAUUUAACCAUAAAGAACCUACAGGGCCAAACAUUGGCCAUCGAGACCAUGCAGGCGGAGUACCAGGAGAUACAGCAGAAGUACAACAAGCUCCAGGAGGAGUACGAGUCCCUGGAACGCACUUCCAGUGCCUCUGAAGAACAGUGCCAGAAGCUGCAGGCUGACAACACGAGACUGACGUGCGAGAUUCGAAUUGUGAGGAAGCGAAUGGAGGAGACCCAGCGUAAGCUAAUGGAAUCUGAACGCCAAGAAUCUGAAUUCAAAAGUGAUAAGGAACGUCAAAUAGCAGCACUGGCAAGUUUAAAGAUAAAUUUUAAAAACUUUAGGGAGGAAUUUUACAGUCUUUCCAACCAGCUAAGGGAGAACGAUGUGACAAGGGAGGAGCUCCUAUCCAUCAAGGCCCCUGCCGUGAGCACUGAGCAAGUAUCGGACUCUCACAAUGAACAGUUAGCCAAGAUAUCAGAAGCAAUACAUCAGAUCGAGCUUAAGAUCCACUCUGGCUUUAGUCGGCUCUUCACAGACUUUGAGCCAGAAAUGAAGAAAAAUGAAAAGCUUUGUCUCGAAUCCCCAAAACACAUCAAGGGGGAAACUCCUCCAACCGAUGCCAUCCCCCUGCAACUUCCGCCUAGCGAGGAUACCCUCGCCGAUAGCUAUGAAUCUCCUGUCAAGCCAUCCGAUGAAGUGACACUCGCAGAGCGGAACGCCGAAGUGUGGAAACUGCUGGCAGAAAAGGAGGAGCAUUUGAAGGAAAUGCAGCUAAAGGACAGCAACAUUGCCGAUUUAAAAGCCGAAAUUGAGAAAAUGGGCAAGCCGUCUAUAUUAUCGGAGGAUAAUCAGCAGCUAGUUCGGCAAGAGCAGAAACUUGCCGACCAUGACCUUCUAAUCGCCCAGCUGAAGGACAGAAAUGUAAAGCUGGCGGAAUCCCUGAAACAGGCGGAGGUUAGGCAGGAGGAACUUAAGAAAUUAUUAAGUAAAGCCAAAGAUGAACUAAAUUUAAACGAAAAAGAAAAGACCGAUGAGAUUAAAGCCCUGCAGCUGGAGUACUUGGUGGAUAUGGAAAAAAGCGAGAACGAGAAUCGUUUGAAAUUCCGCCAAUACACCCUCGAAUUGGAGGAGUGCAAGGAUCAGUACGAACGCGAAGUGGCCUCGUUAAAGGAACAGCUGUUGUGCUCCACUGUUACCGUUAAAGAAAUGGACGACUUAAAGUCCCAGCACCAGGCAGAACUCGGGCAAUGCGAAAACACCCUGAAAGAGAAGCUUCUUGAGGCACAAUUAGAACUAGAAAAGGUUAAAGCUGGCUUGCAGGAUCAAAUCAGUCAGGCCGAAGACGAGCGAAAUAAGGCGUUAGAUGAGCUUGCGAAGCUGAGAUCUGCCCAGGAAGCCCAUACUGCUGAACUGGAGAAAACCAAACUGGAACUGGAUAACUUGAGGCGGGAAAGGGAUACUCUGGGCCAGCAAAAGGAGAAAGAAACGGUGGAGAAUCCUAAGGCCCAUAUCAAUGAUCUCGAAGAAGAGCUAAGGGCUCAACUGGAGGCAGUUAGCAACGAGCACAAAGAGCUAGUCGCCUCCUCAAAGGAGCAGAUCCAAGAGCUCCAGAAAAGGUAUGACCACCUAGCUAUAUACACGGAUAACCUGAGGGAUGAGAAGGCAAUCCUGCGGGCCAAGAUUGUUGAAGCCGAUGCACAGCACUCAAGCACCCUAAGGCAACUUCACGAACUUGAAAUGCACAAGGAUGAAAGCAGUCAAAAAUGGACAACAGAGAAGACCGAUUUAGAGGAGAAGCUGGAGACUUUGAAAGCCAAGAUCAGUGAUCUUGAAGCAGAACUACAAAGUGCUAGGCUAAAGGCUGCCAGCCUUGAGGAACUGAUUUCGCAGCAUCAAGACCUGAAGUUAUCCCUUUCGGAGGCAACGGGAGUGUCCUCCACUCUGCAGGAGAAGGUAGACAGCCUACAGUUGCAACUGCUUGCUUCCGAAAAGGAUAUCUCCAGCAGAGAUCUCGAAAAGGAAAGACUUCUCUCGGAGCUGAAGCACGCCCUGGAGGGAAAAGAUGCUGCGAGCGCGGAGGAAUUAGCUCUGACAACGCAGCUGAAGGCAAUGGAGGAAAAGAUGGCCAGCCAGGAAGCAGAUUUCAGAAAAGAGCUCGCAGAUCUCAAUAGUUCCAUGAACGAGUUGCAGUUCAAACUAAAGUCCCUGGAAGAGCAAAAGAUUGCACUGGAAUCGGACAAUGAUGAGCUUAAGGUGAAGCUGAAGAAUGCCCACAACCUCCAAGACCAGCUUCAAGACGAGCAGAAGCUGUGCGCCUCCCUUCGAACCCAAUUCGCUGAAUUGGAGGAGACCAAAACUAGAUUGGAGGAGGAAUUGCGAAUUAAAGAAGCAGAAUCUAGGGCAAAAUUCUUGGCGAUGAGCCAGGAAUUGGAGCUUGGUCGCCUUUCCUUCAAGAAACUGACCAAUGAGUGUGAAAAACUACGUUGCGAUCUGGAAACCAAAACGAAAAUUUUUCAAAAAGAAAAUGCUGAACUCAUAGUGAAGCUAAGAACCAAAGAGGAUGAAUCAAAGCGUUUGCGAGAAGCCGGUAUUAAUCAAAUGUCAGCUGUUGAUGCAGCCAACAUUAAAUGCAGGAAAUUCGUGGAGCACGAAUUGGAACUCACAAAAGAGAUCGAUCAACUGCGAAUAACCUUGAAAUCUAAGGAGGCCAGUGUGUUGAUGGAGAAGGAGAGCAUGAACGCCACUAUUUCCAGUCUUCUCGAGGACAAGCGUAACCUAGAGGAGAAGCUGUGCACUCUGAACGAUAAUAUCAUCAAGCUGGAGGCUGAACUCUCUGCAUUACAAGCAGUCAAAAUCAAUCGAAGCAACUCAUCCGUCGAGUCGAAUGGGUCAUUAGCUCCUCCAACUUUUGUAAAACCUUUCACCACCAACAACUUGGAUCACAAACCCAGCGUUGGUGCCGGCGUUAUAAAGAAAUCGAGCCUAAUCGACUGCGCGGUGCGGAGGGAAAGAAGAAAGACGGCGCACGAUGAGCACCGAAAGCAGUCUGUCUGGAACGACAAUCGGGACUUCGGGACCAUGACGGAUCCGGAAGAGGACCGGGCCAUUGCAAGGAAAAUGGAGCUUAUGAAAAAUCCUCAGAAACGACUACGCCGGAAGAUUCAUGAUCUCACCACUAGAGAACAUCCAACUGACCCCCAAACGGUUGAUUCCCAGACAUAGAAAUCGACGUGCUUUGGGAGGCUAGGAGUCGCUGGCUUGGAGGAGAAGCCAAAAAGGGUGUCCAGGAUAUAAUCAAGUAUUAGGUUAUUUCGUUAAGUGUUACAUUUUCAACCGCAAAGUUAAAAUUCCUUAUUUAUGUUAAUUUGUUCACGUGUUAAUCUUAAAUAUUUUUCCAAAAACAGCCCGCCGCGCCCACGGAAAACAAACAAACAUACACACCACAAAAAUCUUGUAUCUUUAUAAUGUAUGCAUUAAAAUUCUAAAAAAGUUAAAA